AUGACUCGCCAAAGUUUUCCGUAACUCUUUCCUUUGUUUGGAUUUAUUUUUUAUCAUUAAACUAACACUUUUAGGUGACAGUUAUUUUUAGUCAUAUACGUGUAUUUCGUGUUUGUAAAAUUUCCCAUUUAAAACUCUGACAUCGCAGGCGGUGAUUCUCUGACUGCCGAGUGUUCACAAGCACCUCCUCCUUCAGCCUGCAGUGGUGGCACCACACUCUCGAUCAUCAUGACAUAUUUUUCAGGAUUUGCUCUCUUAAGGUUCCAAAUGCUCCAGUUCUGGAUUGAGAUGUUCCCCUGAGUUAAAGUCUCUAUCGUGACGAAGGUUUUCCUAAUAUUAACUCAACUGAGAACACACAAUGGCUAACAAUAUAAUUGUGGAGCAGCAGUUUUCUCACAAAUUCACAGUGACGGUGGUUGGAGCUGAGAGCGUCACUAAGGGAGCGCUCGGUGAUUUGUUGGACACCCCAGAUCCGUAUGUGGAGCUCUUCAUCCCAACGGCCCCGGAGAGCAGAAAGAGGACUAAGCACAUAGACAAUGACAUCAACCCGAAAUGGAACGAGACCUUUCACUUCAUUUUAGACCCCAACCAGCACAACAUCCUGGAGUUAACAUUAAUGGAUGCCAAUUAUGUGAUGGAUGAGACGCUUGGGACCACCACCUAUGACAUCUCCAAGAUCCACAUAGGCCAGAAAAAGACGGAGUCUUUCCUCAUAGGCAAAGCAACCAAAGUAUUCUUAGAGAUGUCGCUCGAGAUCUGUACCAAACUGGACCUGCGGUUCAGCCUGGCCCUGUGUGACAAAGAGAAGCAGUUCAGACAGACACGCAGAGAGAGAGUGAUGCUGGGCAUCAAGAAGCUGCUAGACAUGGAGAAGCCUCGUUUCCUCCCCAGCUCUCCAGAAGAGGUGCCGGUGAUCGCCAUAGCGGGCUCAGGAGGCGGUUUCCGAGCCAUGGUCGGCUUCUCAGGUGUUAUGAAAGCCCUGUUUGAGUCUGGGGUCCUGGAUUGUGCCACAUAUGUUGCCGGCCUCUCCGGAUCUACAUGGUACAUGGCCUCUCUCUACUCCCACCCAGAAUUUCCAAAUAAAGGCCCAAAGGACAUCAACCCUGAGCUGAUGAAGAGAGUGAGCAGUAACCCACUGAAGCUGUUGCUUCCUCAACACAUCACCAGCUACAUCCAGGCCCUCUGGUCGAAAAAGGCUUCAGGGCAGCCUGUUACUUUUACUGAUAUCUUUGGUAUGCUCAUAGGAGAGACGCUUAUACCUGCGAGGAUGGACAUCAAACUGAGUAGUAUCCAGGAGAAAAUAAACCAGGCCCAGAGUCCUCUUCCUCUCUUCACAUGUCUGCAUGUCAAGCCAGAUGUGUCUGAGCUCAUGUUUGCAGACUGGGUGGAGUUCAGUCCGUAUGAAAUUGGGAUGGCAAAAUACGGCACCUUCAUGACCCCCGACUUGUUUGGAAGCAAGUUCUUCAUGGGAACAGCUGUCAAGAAACACGAGGAGAACCCUCUUCAUUUUCUGAUGGGUGUUUGGGGCAGCGCCUUCUCCAUCCUGUUCAACAGAGUGCUGGGAGUCAAAGACACGGUCGGAGGCAGCACCAUGGAGGAGGAGCUAGAGCAGAUCAAACCGCAGCACAUCGUCGGAGAAGACAGUCUGGACAAUGACGACGAGCCACUUAAAAGUGGGACGGAGAACCAGGAAGCAGAAGACGAGUACAGUCGCACCGCUCAGGCUAGCUGGGUUCAACGAAUGUUCACGUCGCUCUUCAGUGACUCAGCAUUAUUUAACACAAGAGAGGGCCGGGCCGGGAAGGUGCAUAAUUUCAUGCUGGGCCUGAACCUGAACACCAGCAUGCCCUUCUCACCGAUUGGUGAGGUCCUGUGCCACGCCGCCACGCCUGAGGAGGAGGUGGACGCUGUCACAGACCCAGAUGAGUUUGAUCGUAUUUAUGAACCUCUGGAUGUGAAAAGCAAGAAGAUCCAUAUAGUGGACAGCGGCCUCACCUACAACCUUCCCUACCCUCUCAUCUUGCGGCCACAACGCACCGUCAACCUCAUCAUCUCCUUCGACUUUUCUGCACGACCCAGCGACUCCAGCCCCCCAUUCAAGGAGCUCUUGUUGGCAGAAAAGUGGGCUCGAAUGAACAAGCUUCCAUUCCCCAAAAUCGACCCCAAAGUCUUCGACCGCGAGGGCCUGAAGGAAUGCUACGUGUUCAAACCAAAAAAAGGAGAAAAGAACUGCCCGACUAUCAUCCACUUUGUCCUUGUAAACAUCAACUUCAGGAAAUUCAAGGCACCUGGUGUCCCCAGAGAGACUGAGAUGGAGAAGGAGUUGGCUGAUUUUGACAUCUUUGAUGACCCCGAGUCCCCAUUCUCCACUUUUAACUUCCAGUACUCCAACGAGGCCUUCACCCGACUCCACGACCUCAUGGAGUUCAACACUCUCAACAACCUGGAGGUGAUUAAAGAAGCUAUCAAGGAUUGCAUCGCGUCCCGGAAGGAUAGCCCCUCGGGCCUCUCGAUUCCCUUCUCCCUCAGUGCGAUCCCAAAAAAGAAGUUUCUGAAAAGAACCUGGAGCGCGAUGGAAAAUGAUAACCAGUAGCCCGAUCUGAGUCUUUGGAAAAGUGGACUUUAGGGAUUUGUUUUUAUUUUUUAUAGAUUCAGUCUUAAAGUAUAGCAUUUUCUUUUUGGAAAAAGCUAUCAUGUUGAUCUUUUCUCUUCUCCUACCUUUCAUUUUGUAAAGAACCUUCACGUUUACUGGUAAAUGCCUUAUGAUUGCAUUCAUAUUCAACAUAGUUGAAUCACCUGGGUUAUUUGCAGGACUGUGACUGCUGGGGAAGCUGUUGGUGUGUUGCUGUGACCACAAACUGCUGAUGUCCCAAUAUUUUCUGCUGGCUGUUAGAAAGACUGGAUGUUGAAAAUCAACACUUUAAACACUGCAGUGUGACUGGAUUGCUAAAAUCUGGCUCCAUCAGAAACAGGACAUUGUUUGUGGAUCCUUUCUUUUGUUUUUGACAUUUACUGAGAAUCCUUAGCAAUCUUUUAGUUCUUAAUGUGUGAAUGAAAUGCUCUUGAGAUAAUUUAAUUCACUUAAAUGCAUCAUGAGAACUUUUUACUCCAGCUGCAACAUUCCCAGAACAUGUUGAUGCCUCUUGAGUUCAGUUCAUGCUGCCUAGAUAAAAGAUGCAUUUGCAUUUUUCCUUUUUCUAAAUGUUACUCAGAGCUCAGCUGUGUGAAUGCAAUGUAAGAAACCUCACCUGUAGCUGUAACUCUUUGUCAGCUCAACUUUCCAUAUUGACAAGAUAUGCAAAUCACCAUGUUUCGUCUAAACAUGUAGUUUGAAAACAUGGACGAGGAGCUUGUAACCAUUGGUUUUUGUUUAAUGGCAACUCCUACACACGCCAAGUGCACCCUCUCUGGAUACCUCAAACAUCUCAAUGAUGCUUACUCACCUACAGGGAAGGUAGGGAGUGUCUCGUAUAAAAGCCACCAUUUUGGAAAAAACAAAACUUGAUGCCAUAGAAACGGCGUGCUUCCUCUCCCUCUCUAUCUCUAGGUGUGUUUAUUUUCCUGAUCAUGUUGUUUCAGGCUACAGGCAGAUUGUUUUUCACGGGCCAUUUCCUCCUCUCGCAAAUCAAACUGCUGCAAGACGCCUCCGACGCCCCUUUAUGAUGGUGGUGCUCAGGACAGGCUGGGUGGAGGUGGCGGGUGUGAGCACAAGACCCCCCUGCAGCAGUGGAGGCCUGGAAUCUGACACACUACACCUAUACCUGCAGGGGCCCACAGGCUGCACACAGAGCAGUGGAAUUUUACACUGAAGCACUUCCAACCCCUAUAUGCUUGUGUUUCAGCCCUGCUGGUUUAAAAGAAACAAGUGUUCUGCAGUAUUUCUGCAGAAAUUCCCCACCCAAGAACUUUUGCAACUUGCAUUUAUGCAGAUUUUUUUUCUUUUUUUUCUGAUUAUUUUUGUUAAGUUUUGCAUGUUCAUGUUUCCUGCAGUUCACAGCAUUGUCUUGUGUUUGGAAAGUUUUAAAUUCGCUUUCAUUUAUUCAAUACCCCUCAUAUCUGUCUGUCCCAUAUAGAGAGCCUACACGUUUCUGCAGUCCUCAAUCUAACAGCUGGAGUAGUUUCAGAGACCCAGAGGUUCAAACUCAGAAUGAAGAGCAUUUUUUUUUCUCUGUUUGUGUCUCUAUUUGUGUGUUGUUUAAGCUGGGACACACACGCAACUAAAAAAAGAAGAACAAAGCAUGUAAAGCCUCUCAUUAAGGUGAAGUGAUUGCACCUGAGGGGGGCGGUUCCUUUCCCACCGUGCCUCCGCUGUGAUCAUGUGAUCAGCCUUUAAGCUAAGCUGAGCGAACCAGCUGAAGCUUUAUAUGCAAAGACAGACAUGAGAUUGGUACCGAUUAUUCCGUUAAGGUGAUUUUGCAAAAAAAACAAAUAAGCACAUUCCCAAAAUGUUGAACGUUUAUACUCAAAGCAGCAAAACAAGCAAUCAUUAUUUUAUUUGACUUCUUGUCAAACUGUGAGCUUUCAUGUCACUCUUUUAUUUUUAUUUGUAGCAAAUUGUUAGUUAAUUUAGAAUGCAUACAUGAGCUGUAGCUAUUUUAUUUUCUAAUAUUUUUUGUCAAAUUACUUUUUUAUGAUCUUUAACAAUGUUUACAAACCUGUAAGAUGCUAAGCGGUCAGUUCUAAGGAAUCAAGACAAAAAUACUCCUGUGAUAAUUAACUGUUUGUAUAAUAACUGGCAAAGCAUGACAUACAUAAUGUUUAUGUGCAUUGUAAAAAAAGGACAAUAAUAAAAGAGAGAACUUA